AUGUCGUUUAUUAUUUUUCUAUUAUUCAGUUUGUUACAAAAAGUGAAAAUGCUUGUUCCUGACCAAGUGAACCCGUGGUAUGCUGCUCUUCUAGCUGCUGGUGGAGCAAUCGGUUAUCUGAAAGCCGGUUCCGUUCCCUCGUUGGUUGCUGGUGUAGGCAGUGGCGCAAUUGUGGCCGCCUUCACUUUCUAUGAUCUGCCUUACAAAACCCUUGCUGUGGCAGGUAAGCUUGACUUUUUUUCCAUCGCUUUUAAACUGGUCGAUCAUAAGUGUAAGCUGACCAUUAGUAUAGGGUGUUUCCGGCGUCCUAAGCUUACGUUAUGGGCAUGCGAUUCGCAAACUCGCACAAAAUUGCCUGACCGGGUUAUAAUUGCAGCAGCCAAUGCAUUGGUGCUCUGCUUGUUCAGCUAG